GAUGUUGACAAAUGUAUUAUGUAUUGAGUAGUUGUAGGUAGUAACUUGUUAUAGUGACUAGUGAGUACUUUAAUAAAAAUUUUCGUAAGAAAAAUUACAUACAUUAUACAUUAGUUUCUUUGUUCGACAAAAAAUGUGUGCAUUUCAUUUUUAAAAAGUUAUUGCUGUGAUUGUUGAAGUCUUUAUUGUGAUUAUGGAAAACAAUUGGUACCCAAGCUUUGUUGAGUAAAUAUUUCUUUAAUAGAAGUACGUUAUUAGGUUAUUAGUUAAAAUGCCAGAUUCGUGGGGAAGUUUCAUGAAUAAACCAGCUAGAGGUUGGUUACAUCCAGACAAUGUUAUUACGAGAAGUAGCGUUUGCUACGAAGUUCGAUACAUUGGCUGUUUGGAAGUACUGACAUCUAUGAAAAGUUUAGAUUUUGAUACACGAUUUUUAGUAGCCAAGGAAUGUAUAAAUAAAGUUUGUGAAGCAGCUGGACUAAAAACUGCUGAUAAAAAACGAAAAGUGGAUAAAAAAAUUUUAAGACUUAUUGGUGAUCAUUCAAUUAUGGAUCAUGCUGGAUCCAAUGUUACUUUGUCCAUAUCUAGCACAUGUUUGACUUUAAAACUUAGGGAUUCACAUGCAGUAAUUUCUACACAUGAUAUGCCUAGGAUAUCUUUUGCAUCUGGGGGCGAUGCUGACACAAUAGACUUUGUUGCAUUUGUAGCAAAAGACAUAAAAGACUGGCGUGCGUGUUAUGUGCUGGAGUGUGGAGAAGGCGAGUUAGCACAAGAUGUUAUUACAACUAUUGGCCAAGCCUUUGAUUUACGUUUUAAACAAUUUUUAACAAAACCUGCACCAGUUUUAAGCUCAAGCACACGCGAUGAACGAGAAUACUAUAAUGAUUUACCAGGAAAAUCUCCUCCAGAAACUGGUCCACCACCUGUACCACCUCUUCCCUCGUAUCAUGAUCAUCGUAAUAGAGAAAGACUAGUUUCAAAUAAUCUAAUAGAUUUGAAUUGUGAAGCACCUCCACCACCUGUACCACAUCCUGCUCAUAACUAUGUUAAUGAUUUUGUAGUUGGAAAUAAAAACCACAAUUCACAACCUCGUGAUGUAUUUGAUAUGCAACCUUUUGUGGAUCAUGAACCUCUUCCAGUAAUGGCACCAAAAUUACAAGAUGAAAUUUGGUUUCAUGGUAGCAUUACAAGACAGCAUGCUGAAGCAUUACUAAAACAUGAUGGUGAUUUUCUAGUAAGAGAAUCACAAGGAUCUCCUGGACAAUAUGUAUUAACAGGUCUUCAAGGGGAUGUGAAGAAACACUUACUUUUAAUUGAUCCAGAAGGCGCAGUUAGAACUAAAGACCGUAUGUUUGAAAGUGUCAGUCAUUUGGUGAACUAUCAUAGUGAAAACAAAUUGCCUAUUAUGUCAGCUGAAAGUGCUCUCAUUUUAAGAUAUCCAGUGCCGCGAACUAGAUUUUAAUAGCUUUAUUUUACCUAACUCAUUCCAACUACCAAACAUUCAUUUAUAUAUUUGGAUGUUUAAUUACUAAAAAAUAUAUAUAUUUAUAAAUUGAAUAAUACAAUGAUGCAGAUAAUAGCGUUUGUUGUCAUUAAUUUGUAUGCAUUAACCAGUGGUUUUUCAGUUUUUAUUUACUUAUUUAAAUUAUUAAUUAUUAAAUAUCAUAAAAUUCAGUUUUAUAAUAAUAUAAUGUUCACCAAUUCACACCUCCCAUAAGCAUAUAAAAUAUAAAUACUAUAUAUUAUAUUAAGUCAUGUCUAUGUUAUAAAAAUAUGUAUGAUAUGUCAAUGGUAUUAUACAUUUAGAUUUUUCUACAAACCACUGGUAUAAUAUAUUCAUUAUUUUAAUUUUUAAUUAGACUUUAAUAUGUGUAUUAAUUUUUUCUCAAUUGAAUAUAUUUCUAUGCAUACAAAUUUAUAAUUUAUAUAAUUUUUUAAGGAGUAAUGGCUCAGGAAUGAUAUUUAUACAUAUACACCUUGCCUAAUAGACCAUUGUUAAUAUAUUAGUCAUACAUUACAAUGUUAUUUUUGAAGAUAGUGAGUUUAAUCUUUUCUGUGGAUAUAAGUAUAUUUUAAUACAUUUAUAUGAUUGUAGAUUCAUUCAUUUAAAUUGAAUUAAGAAAAAUUAAAUAUUUUGUUUUGUUACCAAUUAGUUAUAAUUUUAUAGAUGUAACUUUUUUUUUGUAUUUUAAUAUCUAUAAAUAGAUAAUCAGAAUAAAAUAAACAAAUGAAAAGAGUUUAUCUUUUUCAUUUUUAUAAACAGUUAGAUAAAAAAGAAUAUAAAUACUCAAUUUGAUUAGAAACAAUACCUAAUAUAGCAGUAGGUAUGAAUUGUUACGUAAAUAUAAACAAUUAACCAGGUAUGCAAAUUUAACCCUACUUUUUUGUAUCAUUUUACUAAGUAUGAUAAAGUCGUACAAAUGUAGAUAUAAAAUUUUCUUUUUCAAAUAAGACUAAUUAAAACAAUAUUCAAAAUUUGUUCGAACACAGUUAAAAAAAUAAUUUAAUAAUAUAUUCUGAACAGUAAAUAUUAAAUACCUAAAUUAUUAUAAUAUUAAAAAAAAAUUAUGAGUUUUAAUACAAACAUGAGCUAUGUAUAUUUAUUUAAACUUAUUCACUAUCAUUAUUAAUUUAUUAUAUAUUCAUCAUAUAUUUAACAUUUUUGUGUUAUCAUAUUAUCAUUUUGUAAUUAACAUAUUAUAGAAAUUAAUCAAAGUAUGUACAUUAUUAUUUAUGAAAAUAUACAGGACAAAUUCAAUGAAUAAUAUAAUAUAUAUUAUGUUUGUUGUAAAUAAUAUUAUAAUUUAUACUCACAUUAAUUUUUAUAUAAGGUACCAAUAUUUUGUUUGAAAAAAAUCAACAAUUAUUCCUGUUAAUAAUUUAUCAUUUGUUUUAUUUUUUUUUUUUUAGUUAUAGUUUUCAUAGUGUCAUAAUUUCUACUACACAUUUUGUUAUAAUCAUUUUGUAAUUUUUCUUUAACCUAAACUAUAAUAUAUCUAUAUUAUAUUCAUGCUACUUAUUUUGAAUUAUUAAAUGUCUUAUAAUUGUUUAAUGUUGGUCGCUAAAUACAAGGUGUUUACAUACAACUUUAGAACCAUCUUAAUAUCUGUCAAUGUUAUUAAGUGGUAUUAAAUACAUUUUUAUCUAAACAGA